CAGAAGGGGUUCUCUGAUAGGGCAACAAAAGUUUACACAACCAGGACCCAUCUUGUUACACUUUAAAAAAAUUAAUCUUUCUCUCGCUACGUUUGAUUUAUGCUCGAUUGGAAGAUGACCACGGCCGUGGUGUCGCCUUUCUUCGACUUUAGCGAAGUGCUCAACAACAAGAAUAAAAUGCUGAACUACAAUAACAACAUCCUCAGAACUCCGCACUCUGUCUCUGUCCCUUGCACGGGGGCCAAUCUGCCCAUCUCCAACCCCACUGGGAGCCUGCUGGACAGGAAGGCUGUGGGGACACCCUCUACUGGUGGGGUUUACCAGCGCCGGCACUCUGUCACUUCGGCUAGCAUCAAAUUCAACCAAAACCAGUUCUUGAACAUUGCAAAGGUAGAUCCAUCCCUGCUCAGCUUGGGGACAGGUUGCAGCAACAAAGAAAACCGGCUCCGAGACCGUUCUUUCUCAGAAACGGGGGAUCGCCUGCUUCAGAAGUGUUCGGGCCCUGGAGGCUCCAACAGUCAGGUCAACUCCAGCCGCUACAAGACCGAGUUAUGCAGACCUUUCGAGGAGAAUGGUAUUUGCAAGUACGGUGACAAGUGCCAGUUUGCCCAUGGCAUUCACGAGUUGCGUAGCCUAAGCCGCCAUCCCAAGUACAAGACAGAGCUCUGCCGCACGUUCCACACCAUCGGCUUCUGUCCCUAUGGCCCACGUUGCCACUUCAUUCACAAUGCAGAAGAGCGCCGUGGACCUCCACCUACCCCGUCCCCCCUUUCAGCCUCUAAUAAGAUGGAGCGGCCACGCCUGCAGCACAGCUAUAGCUUUGCAGGGUUCCCCAGCUCAGGAGGCUUGCGGGACAGCCCUACCUCAAUCACCCCUCCGCCUAUGUUUUCCCCUGAUGAGCUGCCCGAAUGGCCUAGCAGCAACCCCUUCACAUAUUCCAGCCAGGAGCUGGCCAACCUCUUCAGUCCCAGCAUGGGCAGUGUACCUUUGUCUUGUUCCGACCCCUCCACCCAGGCGCCAUCCUCCCCAACCUCAACCCCUUACUACUUCAGGGCCGUCACAGAGUCUCCUCAGCUCUUUGAGUCUCCAGCCAGCCAGCCUGACUCUUUGUCUGACCAGGAGGGAUACCAGAGCAGCUCUGGCGGAAGUCUGAGCGGCUCAGAAUCACCCGUCCUCGACACCACCCGUCGACUGCCUAUCUUCAGCAGGCUUUCCAUCUCUGAUGACUAAAGCACACUGAGCCAGACCCAAUUACCCCCUUCUCACUGCAUGUAGCAGUCUAAGGCAAAGAGGAUAAGACUCUAGCACUCCCUCUACGUAUUGCCAUUUCUCUGGCCUUCUAGAAGCUGUAGACAUCCCUCCUUGUGUCACCUAUGCUCUGAAAAACGAUGCAGUGAAUUAAGGGAUAUUUCUCUUUCGGAAAACUCUUUUUAACCAGAACAAGCUAAAACUCUCCGUCUCACCUCUCCUGAUUUUCUGGGCCUCGUCUUGCAGAGCCCCUGCUACGUUCUUGGUGUGACUGUGCCUAACACGCAGAGUAGGAAGUGGAUUAGCAAAAUGCUAAUCGGGAGCGGUAUGAGACUGUUGUGCCAGGUGCCACUGAUACAUUCAAGUGUAACAGAACCGGUGGCACGGUUCAGGGUGAGAUCUGCACCCUUCCGCCUUGCAAAUUGCCACUCUUUAUUUCAAGGACACUCUUUCAUAAAAAGUUCACAAGUUUCAUACUUAGAACUUUCACAACUGUCUUUGUAAACCAUCUUAAAGCAAAAAGAGGAAAAGGAAGUGCCUGGGGUUAAGUGUUGGGGGUGAAUGGACCACUGUUUAUUUUCUUUUUUGGUUGUGGCCUGAUUAUGUAGCUCUUGUUUAGAGUGGAUGCUCCCCUCCUUUAAAUUGUAGACUACACCAGUCUGCAGGAAGGACUUCUCUCAUGAGGGUUGAAUGAAAUUGGAGUUAUGGAAUAUUUCAGGCACUUUCUAAUGUUUAGUCAGGUGCUAUAUGCUCCAUGUUUCAUAAAGCCCCCACAAAACCCUUAGAUGGGGUGUAUGCACUCAAAAACGAACAAGUCCUUUUUAAGUUUUUUGUUUUUUUUGGUAAUUGUUAUCCCUAUUUCACAUUAGUUGCUGAUUUAUUUAACAUUUGUUGGAAAGGGAAUCUUUGUUAUUCAACUUUCUUCUUUCCCACCUCAAAAGGCUGUUCUCUUCUAAGGCCAAUCAGCAAAUGGAGGGGGAAUUCCAUCAUUCCCAGGGUGCAUCUAUACAUCUUUGCAGCUUCAGUUCUUCAUCAAAGCAUGCUUUUCCCCAUAGAUUCUGCUCAGAGGAGCACUUCGCCACUCAUCUAUUCACCAUUUUUAUUUGUAUUAUGGUUAUAUUAUUGUUAUUGUUUGAAAACUUUCCAGAACAGAAGGUUUUGCUUGUCACUGCUUAUUUAACUUAUCAAAAAAACAUAUUUAUUGGUGAUCAUAUGCAUUUUUUUGUUAAUUUUGUUUGUAUUUAUCUUGAUAAUGAAACGAUAGAAUAUAUUUUCUUUUAUGUUAAAUUAUGAUCUUCUGUAUUAAUCUUAAGAUUGUGAAGACUUGUCAGCUUUCUUUUUUUUCCACAGUUUAAUAUAUUGUCCUCCAAUGACAUUUGUUGGCAACUACACUUAAAAUGAAACUUAAUUUAAAAGCAAAAAAAGCAACAAAAAAAAAAAUCCUCUGCAUUUUGAUUUAUUUAUUGUCAUUCCCAAAUAUUUGACUGCAAAAUCAGUACUACAAUACAAUCAUUCCUUUUAAUAGUUGUUUUAAAAGUUUUCAUCCAACCUCUCCACACUGGUUUUUUGCACUUGAGGCAAACUUUUUCCCCCACUGGUAACAGAAUAAUUUUUUUAUUUCUUUUUCUCGAGCAUUUUUAUAAUGUUGGUGAAAAAUCUCAGUACUUAAGUAUUGGAUAUUUAUAUUUUGUAGUGAUAACGGAUUGGAUUACCUAUUCUGUUUAAUGUAUGUCUGAGCCUGGUCAUAGAUUUGAUAUAACAGGGAAGAAAUUAGCAAUGCAUCUUUUUAUUUUUGAUUCAAGAUGCAGGGAGUUUCAUGUCCUUAACUUGCCCACCACAUUUGAAAUGCCACCAUGAAGUGCAUUUUUAUUGUUGAGAUUUUCUUUUUUUUUUUUUUUACAAAGUUUAAGGGUUGAUUUAUGAUGUUGCAGGUAAUAAACCUCCAGUGUUAAAAGCAGUUUCUUCAGUUAUGUUGGUGUAUGUGAUCAAUUGCUGACAAUAAUUGUGACCUAGGGUUGAAGUUCUGUUUCUGAGGUUUGGAGAGCUUCUAGCCUAAAUAUAAAGUGCCUCAUUUACACAUUCCGCAAGCAAGCGUUCUUUGCCUUAAAAUAAAGCUGGGAUGGUUUUUUUAUUUUUUUUAUGACUUGUUGCUUGUAUCCACAAUGGUGGAAGCAAUGAUUGCCAAGUUGGUUAACAGUAUACUGUAGACACAAAGAAAGUAAAGAAAGAGUUGAAUGUAUUUUGCUUUUUAUUAACAGCUAUUGCUGUUCACUACAGUAAUUUCUGUGAGUUUAUAUAAGAUUGAUCUCUCUUUUAUAAUGACUGAUUGCAGUUAAAACCAAUAAAAC